AUGUAUUCACAAAGGCACUUGGAGAAACCCACGAGCGAUGCCACAGAUGCAUCUGAUACAGAAAGCCUCUUGAGCUCAGACCAAUCACAGGAAAAGCUCCUGCUUUCGUUACAAGAUAGACGAUCGAAACAAAACGGACGGCUAAAAAUAUUUUUACACGUCGGGGUCAUUACUAUUUAUGGCAUCAUUGCAGUUUUGCUACUGAUAUGGGGUGCAAAACUGCGCGCGAUCAAGUGCGAGUGCGAAAAUGGUCAAGUCUACUCACCGGCCAAUACGGCUGUCGAAUAUCAUAAGCAAACGAUCGAUCAUGAAGUCUUCAAAGACAGCAGUUUUAGAGGCAUGCCACGUCCCGAAGUCGAUCAAGCGUGGGCAGAUCUUUUACAAUACAACGACAUUCGCGUGCAGAAAGAAGAUCUCGACAAGGCGAAUGUUACAUCGGUACCGCUCAACGACGAAAAAGGCGGCUAUUUUGUCACACUAGACGUCUACCAUACCCUCCACUGCGUAAACCACGUCCGCAAAUCCUACUACUCCGAUUACUACCAGAACCCGAAUCCUAUGGCGCAGCAGCGAGAGCACUUUGACCACUGCAUCGACUUGCUGCGCCAAACUCUCAUGUGCCAUGGGGACGUGGCGCUGCACCCGUUUGAAUGGAUCGACGACUAUAGAUUUCCGUGGCCGACUGAGAAGACGGAGCAUCAGUGCCGCAGCUGGGACAAGCUAGUCGCUUGGUCCAAGGAGCAUGCGAUUCCCAACCUGGAUGGCCCGAUCCUGACACAUCCAACGUUAGGGACUUCGUGGCGCGGUGAUGAGCCUGACUGGACUACCGGCGCAACGUCCGGCCACAGGUAG